GAUAAUUGAUGUAUGUGUUGAACGGAUCCUCCAUACGAUAAACAACUAAAAUUUGAUGUGCCUACAAUUCUGAAACGGCGAUUGUCCUACGACUAUAAUAUGAUAAACGUUUUUAACAAGCAAUUAAAGUUUCCAUCCAAAUUCACUGUUAUGCAUCUCAUUGAUGGUUAUAUCGGUUCCAAACAAAAAUCAACAAUAUUUGUUAGGGAAAGAGCUUUGUGUGUUGGAUCGACUUUUAUUCAAUAUUUUAAUUCACGAAUACAGACGCUGCUAUAUGCGAAAGAACGUAAUAAUGAAGUGCACAAUAAAGCUGUUGCUCUGUUAUCAGAAAAAAUAAGACUUGACAGUUUACAAUUCAAAUAUAAAAACAUUUAUUCGGAAGACUUGUGGUGUACAGUUUAUGGACCCAUUUAUUUACUAAGGCUAUGUGUUAAUUUGAAAAAAUUUCUAAGACCAAAGUUUGUGACCGAAGACAACCAGCUCUCUUCCAUUGCUGAUAGCAUAAAUGAUUUUUUCAAGUACCUAGAACAGCAACAUUCCAAAUAUUUUGCCAACGAUGACUACGAACCUGCAACUGAUACGAGCGAGACAGAAGUAUCGUUAACAUAAUCUAUUUUUCACAUCACUAAAAAUUC